CGCCGUUGCCAUCAGCGCACAAUUGAACGCGGGCCGGUUUAUCCAAGGUGCGCCCGCGGGCGCCUUCUGGACUUGCGCUCCACUUUGGACUGCCAGACACCCCUUGCUUUCGUUCUUCUACCACGCCGCUGGGCCCGUGGACUUCCUAAUCGUCGUCCCGCCCCAAGACUACGGCUCCCUUUCCUUCGAUCAGCUUGUUAGCUUCCGACGAUCGCGCUAUGUCGACCUUCGUUUCCCUCACCUUCAUUCUUGCUCUUCAGCUCAGUUUCCUUCUCGUCAACGGCGCACCCUCCUUCCUCAAGUCCCCCUCUACGAUCCACAGACGACACCUUGCAGCACGGCACACGACGGAGUCAUGGAAUUCGCAGUCUACCGAUGAAUGGUCCUCGACAGAGUCCGCCACGGAGACGUGGUCCAGCGACUCGUCAUCCCCCUCCCCUUCAAACGGUGCCUCUGACUCGGGCUCUCCUUCUGAGUCUUCGGACUCCUCGUCAUCAGCACCUGAGUCGACUGCCUUCGACCCGGCCUGGACCUCGUCUGCAUCAGUGGACGCUUCCAGUGGACCUAUCGUGACUGCAGUCGCUACUGCCUGGACGACGUCCUCCAGUGUAUACACUGAGACCACUACGAUCGAUGCAUCCGACGCCUUCAAGUCCUUCUCCGGCUCGGUGGUGACCAGCUGGACGACUACCUGGACUGUGCAAGCACCCUCCAGCACUGAUCUAGCUGGCUUUGACUCUCCUGGCAACACACAGUCGCAGGACCAGGGCGCUUCCGCUGCUGCCGACUCUAGCAGUAACGAAUCCCCUGCUGCAACCUCCACUGCGUCCUCCAUCCCUCCUACUAUGACCCCAUAUCAAGCCACGACCUUGUCCAACUCGUAUACUUAUGACUACGGCUCUGCUCAGAGGUCAUCACCUACCAGCGAAGCCGCUGCGACCUCAUCCAGUGCCGCUGGCACCAGCGGUGGUGCUGCGAAUGCUCCCGUCUCUGCAGCUGCAUCUGACGACUCGUCUGAUAAAUUCUGGUCGAACACGGGGGCAGUUGCAGGUACCUUCGCCGGUGUCGGCGUCUUCAUCUGCCUCGUACUUCUCGUCGUCGGCUACUACAAGCGUCAGAAGUCGCGCCCUCGCACGAUCGACUUCGGCCGCUUCAGCAAGCUCCCGGACACCAAUGAGAGAUACCCGCAGGAGAAAGCACCUACGCCCGCGCCCCCUGCGCCUGCAUACAGCGCUCAGCACUAUCAGCAGGAGCAGGAACAGCAGAUGCAGCAGUAUCGUGACGUUGAAGCGCGCGGCCAACCGACCUACCAGUACGACGGCUACGACUUCGCCAUGGUCUCGGGCUUCCCCUCGCGUCAGAGCGAGGCCCCGAUGCCGAUCAUCUCCCCGCUGAACCCGCGUCGGUCGCCAUCGCCCCCGUCUCUGACGCCUACGCGCCGUGCACCGUCGCCACCGUCGCCCGUGCGCUACACUCACACGCGCACGCCGUCGCCGACGACGCCACCCGUGCAAGUGCGGCGCUACCAGCCGCCGAGCACUUAUGACCUCUUCACCGUCCCUCCAUCCGCGCCCCGUCCCGCGUAUAGCGAUGACCGGACGUCUCCCGUGUCGAAGUAUUCGGACCAGGACUCGUUUUACGGACCUGCGGGCUCGAACCGCAGUCCGUCAUCCGGAAACCGUUCUCCUCGUGGUGGUUUCUGAACUUGUGCGUCGCAUCGACGUGUGUCCUCCAUACUCUGAAGCUGACGACCGUGUUCGUUGCCAGGAUGCAUGGAUCUAUUGACUUCGCCGUCGUCACAUCGUCCUUGUGGACACCCUCCCGCCCCACCUUGCGUCGUUGGCGCCAGUUGAACUGAGCUGCCUUCCCCGAGCUGACCUACCC